ACAUAAACAUCGAAAACAUUGACAUCUUGAAAUUUUGAUCAAUCAGAACCACAGAACGAUAGAUCUUAAACUUUUUCGAUUCAUUUUCCUACGAUAAGGCAUACAUAUAUACACGAUCAAGCGACAUAACAUAUAUAUACAUAAUUCAUCCUGUCUCAGGAUUUGGAUUGGACACGUGGCUCACGGACAACUUUAAUUGUAACGAUCGUAGUCGCUAGUUUUAUGUGGUUUUAUGUCGCACGUGCAUCUUGCAAUUUAUAAGGUUUGAAUUGGAAUUCUCUCAUCCUGACAAAUUAAACAUACAUCAGGUAAAUUGAUAUAUUUCAAUAUGAAGCCAACACUUGUAGCUGAUGAAAUGUUCCCUGAAGGAGCUGGACCUUACGUUGAAUUAGAUGAGGUUGGUGGUAGUAGGUUAUUAGUAGAUCUUACAGCAAGUGAGAAAGCUGUCCAUGCAGAUUUUUUCAAUGAAGAUUUUUUAAAUAAUAAUUACUUGACUAGUGAUAAAAAUCUCAAGGAAAUCUCAACUCUACAUUUAAAAUCUUUACCAAAUAGCAAAGUAGAUAUAUUAUUACGUAGGCCUGUAGAAAAUCGAGAUUUUUUGUCUGAAAAUUUAGAGCUUGUGAAGAAUGCAGUCCAUUCAGAAUAUUUUAAGGAUUUUGAUGACUUGUUCGAUGAUGAUGACUUGGAGUAAAGCAUUCCUAUAGAAAUGAACUAUGCAUUGUUUUUGCAGACUGCAAUUAACUUAGCAUUAAAGCAGAAAAUUUCUGGUUCUCAUAAAUCCAUGUGAAAUAUUGUAUAAUCAAUCAUAUGUUAUCAGUUACAUUCAGCAGAAGCAUAGUAUUAAGUUAAAUAAUACUGUAGUAACCAAUAAAUAAAAAGUUUCACUAAG